AUGCCCCAUCGUACGCACCUACCAGCGCUCGCGUGCGCCUGCUGUGGCUGGCGCGCGCCCACGCAGGCCAGCGGCUACGUCCGUCCUCCCGCUCGCCGCCACUGCACCUGCGCCCGCCUCCGCCCACGACUCCCAGCACCCUCCCCUGUCGCUGCCCGCCUGCCGUCGCCACUGCCCGAUGCCCGCGCCUCCUCCAAUCACAGCCGACCGCCGCCCACCCGCGCCUCCGCAGCCGCCACCUCCGUCGCCUCUGACGGCCGCGCCCCGCCGCCCGCCUGCGCCGCGCCGGCCCCGCGCCGCUCUCCCGCCCGCGACGCCUCCUGCUGCAGCUCCGCCGGCCCGUGCUCCCUGCCGUGCAACCCUCGCCCGCGCUGCCGCCGGCCCCGCCUCUGGCCGCCGGUGUCCCGCUGCCCGCGUGCCCUGCUCAUCCCCAUCGCCUAG